ACCGAUCUGUGGGUGUUAAUAUGCAGUGUGAAACGCUCUUUUGUGUGUGUGUGUGUGUGUGUGUGUGUGUGUGUGUGUGUGUGUGUGUGUGAUUUGUCAGAUUGUCACGAGGUGAAACUGAAGCUGAAGAUGAAUCGGGGAUGUGGGUUUCACAGGAGGACGAAACCAUACCUCGAGAACGCAUGCGGACAUGCGCGUGGGGUUUCUGCACGCUGCUCGCGGUGCUCUCAGUCAGCACGAGCCAACCGCACAGCGAAUAUCCCGGAGUCACGAGGACCCGUAAAUACUUGACUAAGGCUUACUUCUGCAGUGCAGAUAGUGAAUGUGCGCCGAGACUUUAUUGCAAGGCCCCAGGCCACGCCCACUCUCAGUGCUCACCCUGUAAGAGAAGGGCAAGACAUUGCCGUAGAGACCUUAUGUGUUGCCCUGGAAACGAGUGUCGUAACCAUGUGUGUAGUCGAGUUUCAGCACGAGUGUCAACAGAACACACUGGAAAACUGAAGAACCGAAUCUAUAGCUCUACUGGACGACGAAAGACAAGCAGGAAGCUCAACAAACCACAUAAAGGUGACUUGGGUGCACAGUGUGUGCGUUCAGCUGAUUGUGGGCGUGGCCUGUGCUGUGCACGUCACUUGUGGAAUAGAGUGUGUAAGGCGGAGCCUCAGGAGGGGCAGGUGUGCUCCACCCCCUGGCGCUUUAAACACACAGGCACUGGUCACACACUGGAGCUGUUCCAGCUGUGUCCCUGUUCAGCUGGCCUCGAGUGCAGGACGCAGAGUCUCACACACUCACACUCCAAUGCACACACCAACAUACACAACAAGGCACGUACCAAUGCACACACCAACGCACACAUCAACAUACACACCAACAGACACCGACCUGCUGCUGCUGUCAGAUUGCACACCUGCCAACAACUCUGAGAAACAGAGAGAGAGAGACAGAAUGAGAGACAGACAGACAGAGAGACAGACAUUUUAAUGCCACAAGUUUGUUAGACACUUGUACCAACAAGAACACGAAAUAUCACAAAGACUCAACACACAAACAAUCCAAUCCACAAGUCCAACAUUUCCAAUUUGCAUAUUCAUCCAUAUUCAUAUCCCUGGAGUUUAUAAUGAGGGUAAAUGUGUAGGGAUUCCUGUAUUCAGCUCAUUUUACUCAAUAAACUGUUUAUUAUUGUACACUGA